AUGACGGUGGCGACCACUAUGGGCCUGAUCUCUGUUGAAGGGCGCUUCGAGAAACCAACAGUGUCCCCGAGAUCCGCCAGUGAGCAAGUCUUCAACAUCGCAGAACUGCUCGAACAGAUUCUGCUCCAUCUCGAAGAUGAUAACCAGACUCUGCUGCUAUGUCAAUGCACCAGCAAAGCCUUCCAAGCAACCAUACGCGGUUGCACCAAGCUCCAGCAAGCCCUUUUCUUCGUGGAAGUGAGUACUCAGAGCCGCAACUUCCUCGAUGCUGGACCGCAUCGUGCAUCUACCACGGAGAUACUCGAGCAGAUACUCGAAAAAACUGAUGCAAGCACCAUCCUGUCCAGCCGACUGGUGAACAAGACCUUCCAUGCACUCAUCGCGAGCUCUUCGGACCUAUACCCGAGGCUAUAUGGCAGCACGGUCGAUCCCGAAACGGUUCGACAAAGUGCGCCUCCCAGAAAAUCGUCUUCUUCACGUGCCAGGCUGUCAGGGAACGGUGCAACCAGCAUGCGAAAAUCACGGUUGCUGCUCGGUAAUGUUGGGCUUUGUGGACUCUUGGGUGCGGUUCCACUACCUUUACAGGUGCGCUGGUAG